CAUCAUUGACAAGAACAGAGCAUCACCCACAAAGCCGGGCUCAGGGUGCUGCUAAGGAUAAGCCGUCAUUCCUCAUCGCUAUCAUCCCACCUGUUCCUGCACCAUGAGCUGCUCAGAUGACAGCGUCAAAGAGAAGCUGCUAUGGAACGUCAAGAAGGAGGUAAAGCAGAUAAUGGAAGAGGCUGUAACCAGGAAGUUUGUUCAUGAAGACAGCAGUCAUAUAAUUGCCCUGUGCAGUGUGGUGGAAGCAUGCCUCCUACAUCUUUUGAAGAGAAGAGCUGCGGGAUUCUUACGGAGUGAUAAAGUUGCAGCUUUGUUCAUGAAGGUCGCAAAAACAUGUGCCACCGCUGCAGAUAUAUGCAAGAAGGUGCAAGAUUUGCAACAACAGGUGGAGGGCAGAAAAAAUUUCUCCAAUGGCCAAGAGUCCUUAAAAAGGCAAAGUUCCACUACAGGAAGGACGGUCACUCUCACUCCACAAGCCCUUAAGCACAUUUGGGUGCGGACGGCACUAAUAGAAAAAGUCCUCGAUAAAAUUAUACAGUACAUUGUGGAUAACUGCAGUAAAUAUUAUGAGAAAGAAGCUUUAUUGGCUGAUCCAGUUUGCGGUCCAAUAUUAGCAGUUCUUUUAGUGGGACCUUGUACAUUUGAAUACACAAAGCUAAAAACAGCAGAUCAUUACUGGACAGAUCCAUCAGCUGAUGAACUAGUGCAGAGGCACAGGAUUCAUGGAGCACAUACUCGCCAGGACUCCAGUCCCUCCAAGCGGCCUGCUCUUGGGAUUAAGAAGCGCCAUUCCAGUGGUAGUAUGUCAGAGGACAAAUUUGCCGCAUCAGCCCGAGAAUAUGUUGAGUCGCUUCACCAGAAUUCCAAAAUACAUCUACUCUAUGGGAAAAACAAUGUUCUGGUACAACCGAAAGAAGAUAUGGAGGCCAUUCCUGGGUAUCUUUCUCUUCAUCAGAGUGGGGAAAGCUUGACAUUAAAGUGGACUCCUAACCAGUUAUUAAAUGGGACACUGGGAGACUCAGAGCUUGAAAAGAGUGUUUUUUGGGACUAUGCCCUAAUCGUGCCAAUAAGUCAGAUAGUCUGUAUCCAUUGCCACCAUCAGCACAGCAGAGGAGUCCUUGUUCUGGUCAGCCAGGAUGGUAUUCAGAGACCUCCACUCCACUUCCCUCCAGGAGGACAUCUUCUUGCUUUGCUCUCUUGCCUUGAAAAUGGUCUUCUACCUAGAGGACAGCUAGAACCCCCACUAUGGUCACAAAGGGGCAAGGGAAAAGUAUUUCCAAAACUGAGAAAAAGGAACAGCACUAAUAAGUCAAUAGACUUUGAUGACAGUAUUGUGGAAGAGUUAACAACAGACUAUGUCUUCAGAAUCAUCUACUCUGGACAUAAACAUGACAACAUCACUAUUAACUACCACCACUUAGCUGCCAGUCGCUCUGUCUCUAUUGACGAUGACGAGGAAGAAGAAGAUAGGCUUCACGCCAUGCUAUCCAUGAUCUCCUCUCGGAACCUCACAGCUCCUAAAAUGAUGAAAGACACAGGCGAUGUGAUAGAGAUGCAAGGCUUUGGUUCUAAUCUUAUACCCUGGCAACAUAAUGAGCCUUGCAGUCAAGGAUCAUCUUGUCUAUCCUGCUCCACAGGAAGCUCUCCCUAUGAUAUCCCCAGCUGCUGCAGCUGCACCCGUGACAGGACAUCACUCAAACUAUUAUGUGAAAAUAUGAAGAAGCAGAUUGUUUCUCGGGCAUUCUAUGGCUGGCUUGCCUAUUGUCGUCACCUGUCUACAGUUCGAACUCAUCUCUCUGCCCUUGUCCAUCACUCCAUUAUUCCACCUGACAAACCAACUGAUGCUUCGGACGGCCUUACAAAAGAAGUGUGGAGCAAGUAUCAAAAGGAUAUGAAGAAUUAUAAAGAGCUGGAGCUGCUGCGGUUGGUGUAUUACGGAGGAGUGGAACAUGAUAUCCGCAAAGAAGUUUGGCCGUUCUUGCUUGGACAUUACAAGUUUGGGAUGACUAAAAAAGAAAUGGAUCGAGUGGAUGAAGCCAUUGCCUCCAGGUAUCAAAAGGUGAUGGUAGAGUGGAAAGCCUGUGAAAUCAUCGUCAAGCAGAGGGAAAAGGAAUCACAUUCGGCUAUUUAUGCCAAGCUCUCAUCGGGCAGCAGCAUCGAUAGCCAUGUCCAACGCCUGAUACAUCGGGACUCCACUAUUAGUAAUGAUGUCUUCAUGUCUACAGAAGAAAUAGAUUUGACGGACCGAGACUUGAAAGCUCACAAUGAUAAAACCACCAUCCUGACCAACACUGCUGGUACCCCAUCUGCGGUGGCAGUUGAACCACAGCAGUCUGUGGAGUUUGACUCGCCAGAUUCAGGUCUUCCCUCUUCCCGUAACUACUCUGUAACCUCGGGGAUCCUAUCAAGCAUUGAUGAUGGACAGAGCAUAUGUUUUGAAGAAGAAGAAUCAAGCACAGAAUCUGACAGGACUGAAAUGAGUAUGGGCCCACCCAAGAAAACAAAGGGAGUACUCAAAAUGCAGAACUCUAUAUGUGAAGAGCUACUGUGUUCUCAGCUAGAAUACUUAAGUAAUUCUGAAGACAUCUCUUCCAUGUGUCCUACAUCAUACACAAUUGAACUCUUGGAUACCAUUGCCUUAAACUUGCAUCGUAUUGAUAAAGAUGUCCAGAGGUGUGAUCGAAACUACUGGUAUUUCACACCAGAUAACUUGGAAAAGCUCCGAAACAUCAUGUGCAGCUAUGUGUGGGAACAUCUGGAUGUGGGUUAUGUACAAGGGAUGUGUGACCUGCUGGCUCCACUCAUGGUAAUUCUGGAUAAUGAUAUGCUGGCAUACAGCUGCUUUACACAGCUUAUGAAGAGAAUGAGUCAGAACUUCCCGAAUGGAGGGGCCAUGGACACACACUUUGCCAACAUGAGAUCUUUGAUCCAGAUUUUGGAUUCGGAGCUGUUUGAACUCAUGCACCAGAAUGGAGACUACACUCAUUUCUACUUCUGUUAUCGUUGGUUCCUACUUGAUUUCAAAAGAGAACUGUUAUAUGAAGAUGUGUUUACCGUAUGGGAAGUUAUAUGGGCGGCCAGACACAUCUCCUCUGAGCAUUUUGUGCUUUUCAUUGCUUUAGCUUUGGUACAAGUUUAUCGAGAAAUUGUACGAGACAACAACAUGGAUUUUACAGACAUCAUCAAAUUUUUUAAUGAAAUGGCUGAACAUCACGAUGCACAGUUGAUCCUGAGGAUAGCCCGUGAACUUGUACAUAAGGUGCAAACUCUCAUUGAAAACAAGUGAAAAACUUCCACAUUUUCUAAGAGACUAUGAAAAGCAGAAUCAACAUCCAGAGGUGCUCUACAGGGCCUCCAACUGUGUCCAGCAGCAAUGAAACCCACCUUUUUGGGAAAAGUCCCACCUUUCUAACCAUUUUAUGAGAAAAAUAGAAUAUCAAUUCAAAUAAAAAGACAGAUGCCCUUAUUAAAUAAAACAAAAUGCAUUUCUGACACGUGUGGUUCUUUUCACUGGGACACGAAAGAAAUGUUAAACGUCUUCGGUGUUGGUGCACCGGUGAACUCUGCUGCUGGAGUAAUGGAUGAACCUUCUUGUCUUCUUAGACUGAUUUCCUAUCCUUUAUUGGCCAAGGAAUUUAUAAAAAUCAUGUUUCUGUUGACCUUAUCAGGAGAUUUGUGUCAUCGACCACCCUUUUACUGAUCAUGUUGAAAAAUGUUUUGUAUAUUUUUGUUCAGCAUGCAGCUAUAUCUCUGUAUUACCCCACUGUGAUUGUCAUGAAGGGCUGUUCAGUAGCACCAUGGCAUGUAAUGGGCUGUUUGAUGUAAAGUUAAUAUAUGCUACCAAUACAGGACAUCUGAAAACCAAGCUCCCAUGAG